GUCACCAUGUCCGGCGCGCAAGGAGCUCAGCCGAAGGGGGCCUUCACGGCGACCACCUACACCUCAGCGCCUGCGGCCGCCACCGGUGGCGUCGUCGCCCAGGAGCAGGAGAGCCACCGGCAGGCUCCGAGGACGGAGCUCCGGUCGGGCGAGGACGAGCGCGGGCUGCCCGUCAGGAAGCUGGAGGACACGGUCGAGGACGCCGCGGGCAAGGGUGGGCCGGUGUUCGGAGCCGGCACGGAGGACGGCAAGCCUGACCUUGGCGUCACCGGCACCGGCGGGGGGUAGCCGUUGAUGUGCUCUGUUAACUUACUACCGUGUGAGCAAGUGAAAGUAUGCCGUAAUCCGUAUUAAAACUUGUGAUGGUGUAGUGAUCGUGUAAUAGUAACAGCAACCGAUGGAAUAAGAUAAAAGGCAGUUGAUAUUAGAUCUUAUUCAGAUGCCAAAACGU